AGCUGGAGGAACAACAGUAAUGGCGUCUUCCCGUGAUGUCCACGUCGAGAUCUGUCACCAGGAAAUUGUCAAGUAUGAUCUGGAGAUCAAAGCGCUGAUCCAGGAUAUUCGGGAAAGUACAGGUCCGAUAAGUACACUGAACGAUCUCAAUGCACAAGUGAAAGACAAGUUCCGACUGCUGAGGUUAAGAAUUCAGGAUCUAGAGCAGAUGGCCAAAGAACAGGACAAGGAGUCUGACAAGCAAGCAUUGUUGAAGGAGAUGGAGUGUCACAAGAAGCAAAUGCUCAGCAAUCAGACUGUUUGGAGGAAAGCAAAUCUGUCUUGUAAACUGGCGAUAGAUCACGCCGAAAAGGAUGAACUUCUUGAAGGAGGUGAUACUACAAGACAGAGAAAAGUAACAAAAGAAAACCUGGCUCAGUCUGCAGGUAGCAUCACAGAGAGUCUGAUGAGCAUCAGUCGAAUGAUGUCCCAGCAGGUGCAGCAGAGUGAAGUAACCAUGCAUACUCUAGCCACCUCAUCCAGAACCAUCCAAGAAGCCAAUGAAGAGUUCAAAUCCAUGUCUGGAACCAUUCAGCUUGGGCGAAAACUUAUUACCAAGUAUAAUCGUCGAGAACUGACGGACAAGCUGCUCAUUUUCCUAGCACUUGCCUUGUUCUUAGCAACCGUACUUUAUAUCCUAAAGAAAAGACUGUUUCCAUUCUAGCAGCAACUGUGUGCUCACUUAUUUCCAGGACCUUAUUUAAGGAUGGCUGCUAGCAUAAACCAGUGAGGUUGUUCAUGUGAUGAUCAGAAGAGGCCUUGAGGCAGUACAUUCAGAGUGGGUCAUCUCCACUACAGUUUAUUCAUGUCUUAAUCAGAGAUUAAGUGGCAGCAAAGAAAUCUGGAGCCACAAUCUCAAUAUAAUUUUCCAUGUAGACAUUAACUAAAAUACUGUCUGCCGUACAGAAAGCAAAUGUAUGCUUAGGUGAUAACACUUUUGUCUGAUGUCCAUCCAUGUUUACAAAUCUCUUUGGUUACUUUUAUGGAUGUCUUAAAGGGAUGCUAAACCUAGAAAGAGAAGCGUUUCCUGGCGUGUAUGGUUUUCUGCAAUCUGAUGGAGAAAUCAGGGAUCCUCUUGGUCACCUCCUUUAUUGGUUGAUGAGGCUUUUGUUGAUAGAAUGAGUGGAUGAUUUCUACUGUGGCAUGCUACUUCCAAAACCUAGCUGAUCCCACCAAUUUCAAAAAGCCUGGCCAACCGUCUAAUGUGUAUGGGCGCCUCUUGACUCUCCUCUGACAGCAGAUGUCUGGGGAUGUUAGAUUUCAACUGCCCAAACCAUUUGUUCUACCGAAAACACAUGCAUGCUCGCCUGAGAUGAGCAGGUAUACAGUGCUGCCCAUAAUUAUUCAUACCCCUGGCAAAUUUUUACUUAGUUAUUUUUAUUUAACCAGCAAGUAAUUU